AGCGAGAGCCUUGCGCUAGAGGUACAUCCUGCAGGUCCCUGAUGAACCCGGGGAACCCUCCACCGUAUCCGGGCCCAGGUCCGACGGCCCCAUACCCACCUUAUCCACAACAACCAAUGGGACCAGAAGGCUACCCCCCAGGACCUAUGGGGGGACCCUACCCACCUCCUCAGGGGUACCCCUACCAAGGAUACCCACAGUAUGGCUGGCAGGGCGGACCUCAGGAGCCUCCUAAAACCACAGUGUACGUGAUGCAACGGGAAAGGAAGACGGGCAUGAACACCGGGUGUCAGGCAGCCCUGGCCGCGUGUUGGGCUGCUCUCUGCUGCUGCUGCCUCCUGGACAACUUGGAUUGAGCAGUCGGGACCCAAGUGCUCCCUCCAGGCCCACUGCCUUCUGUUACUGGAAUAAACAAUUCGUGCUGCACCAUU